AUGGAUAACAGAAAUCACUCUGCGGUGUCAGAGUUUGUGUUCUCGGGACUCACCAAUUCCUGGGAGAUCCAAAUUCUUCUCUUUGUGUGUGCCUCCAUGUUUUAUGUGGCAAGCAUGAUGGGAAACUCCCUCAUCAUCCUCACUGUGACUUCUGACUCUCACUUACACUCGCCCAUGUACUUCCUGCUGGCCAACCUCUCCUUCAUUGACCUCGGAGUUUCAUCUGUCACUUCUCCUAAGAUGAUUUACGAUCUUUUCAGGAAACAUAAAGUCAUCUCCUUUAGUGGAUGCAUUACUCAAAUAUUUUUCAUUCACAUCAUUGGUGGUGUGGAGAUGGUGCUACUCAUAGCUAUGGCCUUUGACAGAUAUGUUGCCAUCUGUAAGCCUCUCCACUAUCUGACCAUCAUGAGCCCAAGGAUGUGUAUAUUCUUUUUAGUGGCUGCCUGGGUGGUUGGUCUUAUCCAUUCUAUGAUUCAGUUGGUUUUUGUGAUCAACUUACCCUUCUGUGGUCCCAAUGUGUUGGACAGCUUUUACUGUGACCUUCCUAGGUUCAUCAAACUUGCCUGCACAGACACCUACAGGCUAGAGUUCAUGGUCACUGCCAACAGUGGAUUCAUUUCUGUUGGUUCCUUCUUCAUACUGAUCAUUUCUUAUGUUGUCAUCAUUUUCACUGUUCAGAAACACUCUUCAUCAGGUUCAUCCAAGGCUUUGUCCACACUUUCAGCUCACAUCACUGUGGUGGUUUUGUUCUUUGGCCCAUUGAUAUUUUUUUAUACAUGGCCAUCUCCUUCCACACACCUAGAUAAGUAUUUAGCCAUCUUUGAUGCUGUUCUCACUCCUUUCCUGAAUCCUAUAAUUUACACAUUCAGAAAUCAAGAAAUGAAGAUGGCAAUGAAGAGAGUAUGCAGACAACUAGUGAAUUACAGGAGCAUCUCUUAA